AUGCAGCAAUUGGGCCGAGAAGAAGACUUAGUUGGAGUGUUGGAGCCAAGUGUCCUGACUCAGAGCACCUGGCCAAAGGAGCUCAUCCCCCUGGGGCCAGGAGACUCAGCCCUCCAGGUGGUCCUACAGAAGAUCCAGGAGCUCUCCAAUUCGGAACACCGAGACCCCUUCAUGGUAGCUGACCUAGGAGUACUAGUCCACCGCCAUCAGACCUUCAUUCAAAGCAUGCCACAGGUCUCACCCUUCUAUGCGGUGAAAUGUAACAACAACCCUUGGGUCCUGCGUGUCCUGGCUGCCCUGGGCACUGGCUUCGAUUGUGCUAGUCAGAUGGAGAUGGAGCUGGUUUUGGGCCUGGGGGUGACCCCCUCCCGCAUCAUCUAUGCUCAUCCCUGCAAGCCCAUCUCCCAUAUCCAGUAUGCUGCCCGCCACAGGGUGCAACUCCUGACCUUUGACAGUGAGGAGGAGCUGGUCAAGGUGGCCCAGCAUCAUCCCAGUGCCAGGCUGGUCCUCCGGCUGAAGACCCAGGAUAAGGGGAGCAGCUUUCCCUUUAGCACCAAGUUUGGGGCUAGUCUGGAGGUCUGUGAGCACCUUCUCACAUCUGCCAGAGACCUGGGGCUGGCUGUGGUCGGCGUCAGCUUCCAUGUGGGCUCCGAAUGCCACAUGCCUGAGAGCUACACAGAGGCCAUCGCUGACUCCCGAUGUGUGUUUGAGAUGGGCCGCAGGACUGGGCACAACAUGGACCUCCUGGAUAUUGGGGGGGGCUUCCCUGGAGUGGAGGGCGUGGAGCCCACAUUUGAAGAGUUCUCACGAGUGAUCAAUGCUGCCCUGGCCAAAGACUUCACUAAAGAGAGUGAUGUCAGGAUCAUUGCUGAGCCUGGCCGCUUCUAUGCAGCAUCUGUCUUCACAUCUGCUGUCAAUAUCAUUGCCAAGAAGGCUGUGCAGGAGCCUGGAGGCAAUAGGAAGCUGGUGUACUAUCUCAAUGAAGGCCUCUAUGGCUCCUUCCGCAUGUUUAUCAGAGAACGUCUCCCCAAAAUUCCCAUCGUCGUGAAGGAGCUCAGCUCAGAGGCACCCCUCUUCUCCUGCACCCUCUAUGGCCCCACAUGUGAUUCCUAUGACAAAAUCUCCAUGGAGGAGGUGCAGCUGCCUGAGCUGGACGUGGGUGACUGGCUCAUCUUUCCCUCCACGGGUGCCUACACGUCCACCAUGAGUUCUUGCUUCAAUGGCUUCCCACCAGCCUCCAUCUGCUAUGCUCUGAGCCCGGAGAUCAGCCGAUCUUGGGGAAAAAGCCCUACUAGUCGCAUGACUCUGACCGCCCCUCCCGGAGCGAGGCUGUCCUGCGCACGCGCAGUGCUCCGGACCGGCGGUCCCGGCUACGCUGACAGCUUCCGGUUUGGUUUCCCCGCCUCCUGCGUGGCUGAAGCCGAAGCCGCGGAGGGGCGUUGA